AUGUCAUCGCAACCACUCGUCAGUCGUCUCACCCAGAGUUGGAUCAACUCAGAGACAAACACCCGAAUAGACUCCAUGUCCUGCAACUGGAGGGCACUAAUUAUAGCUGUUUCCCGGGUAACCGCUGAGGAUAUGAUGAAUGUGUUUGAAGUGAAUUCUGUGGCACCGCUUAUGUUAACCAAAGCAUUGCUGCCAUUGCUUAAGGUAUCUGCAGCUAAACGCAAAACCUCAAUAAUAAACAUGUCAUCGGGAUUAGGGUCCAUAAGCCGGGACAUACCUCCCAACCCAUUAUUUAAGAUAUAUCCCUACCGUACGAGUAAAGCGGCGCUCAAUAUGAUCACCAAAUGUCUGUCCGUAGACCUCAAACCUUACAAUAUUUCUGUGAUUAGCAUCAAUCCGGGACAUCUGAAAACGGACAUGGGUGGACCUGCAGCUCAGUUAGAUGUGAGCACAGAUGAUGUGCUGGGUAAAUGUAUCCGAUGGGAUGGCUCUAUAACACCAUGGUAA